AUGGAUAUUCCUGGGAGGUCUGGGGCUGUGGGAUGGAGUAUGGAUGGACGGAAGAAGGUGAAGAAGCAUAAGCACAAGGAUCAUAAGAAACACAAACGGAGAUCAUCGAGUUCCAGCAGUUCCAGUUCUUCGAGUGACUCAUCAUCUGGGCGAAAAAUGAGUAAGGAAGCAAGGAAAGCGUACAAGGAGCAGAAGAAGCUGCAGAAGAAAAUGAAGAAGGCUGCAAAAAAGGCAGGAACCAACUAUGACAUCCCGAUAAAUCUGAUGAACAGCACUGCAAGAGCUCCAGAAACCAGAGAUCAAUGGGAAGCCAGGCAGAAUGUCAUCCGGAGGGUCGUAGAUCCUGUCACGGGCAGAGAGAGGCUGAUUCGGGGUGAAGGGGAGAUUUUGGAGGAGAUCGUGAGUCGAGAUAGACAUCGAGACAUCAACAGGCAAGCUACAGCUUCAGACGGGGCCUACUUCCAGGCCAACACAAUUGGCUGGAAACUCAAUUGAAAGCCCAGAAGUAAUCCUUCAAUUUUUAUUUCCUAAUAAAAUCUUAUUUUUUUGCAAUGCUGCAUGGGAAAUGCUAAGAAAUUCAACCAAUCACUUAAGUAAAGAAUUGUACAAUUGGCUCAAUAAAAUUGAACGAAGAACGUUGUA